AUGGCUGCCACCAGCAGGAGCUAUCAUUAUAUGGAGCCAAAAUCACCAUUCAGACGGAAAAUAAUGUAUUUUAAAUCAUACUGGGCUUUCGCUUUUCUUGUUUUUAUUGCCAGUCGGUGUUUGGCCGACGAUGAUCACGAAAUGGAAGAGUUUUUGAAGCGGGAGUUUUCCCUUUCCAAGCCGUACCAAGGUGUGGGAUCCCUAGGCUCCUCCCACUGGGAGCUGAUGGGGGAUGCCAUGGUAACCACCGACCAGGUGCGCCUCACACCUGACAUGCAGAGCAGGCAGGGGGCAGUGUGGAGCCGCAUACCGUGCCAUCUGACAGACUGGGAGAUGCAGGUACACUUUAAGGUUCACGGGCAAGGAAAGAAGAACCUGAAUGGCGAUGGGCUGGCCAUUUGGUACACAAAGGAACGUACACAGAAAGGGCCUGUAUUUGGAAAUAGGGACAACUUUACUGGUUUGGGUGUGUUUGUGGACACAUAUCCCAAUGAGGAGAAACACCUAGAGGCGCAGAAGAAAAGAUACACUCCUCGCACACAGAGGAUCUUCCCCUUCGUCCUGGCCAUGGUUGGGAACGGCAGCAUCAGCUACGACCACGAGCGUGACGGUCGACCCACAGAGCUGGGCGGCUGCAACGCCAUGGUGCGAAACCUCAAACAUGACACCUUCCUCUUCAUCCGAUACGUCCGCCGCAGGCUCACGGUGAUGAUAGACAUUGACGGACAACAUGAGUGGAGGGACUGUCUGGACAUUCCUGGGGUGCGGCUUCCCAAAGGCUAUUAUUUUGGAGCUACAGCCAUCACUGGAGACCUGUCAGAUAACCAUGACAUAAUUUCCUUGAAACUCUACCAACUGACGGUGUUGAGGAGUAAAAAGGAAGAAGAAGAGGAGGCACAAGAGGAGAUAACCAUACCCAGUGUGGAUAACAUUGAUCUACUCAGACCGAGUAAGGUUGAAGAAGGCAUGAGUGGAAUCGCCAUCUUCUUCACCGUGCUCUUCUCCAUGCUGGGUUGCAUCUUCCUCACCGUCAUCGGCCUGGUGGUUUACAGCCACUGGAGCGAGAGCCGACGCAAGCGAUUCUACUGAGAACGAACAAAAAAAAAAAGAUGGAGUUGGUGAUUGUGAUGACUACUGUGGUCCGUGGACCCAACCGCACUGAAGUGAGACACUGCUGUCGACCAGUAGAGCACAGCAGGUUGUUUUAUCCUGAGAACACUAUUUUGACAGGAGACAGAGUAGAUGUAUCACCUGCUACAAAAAGCCAUCGUCCAGCGUUGCCAUUGGUCGUCACGAAGCAGCAGGACUUCAUUUUUGUCCUCAGCCCCUGCCUGACACACACCAACCCGGCCUUACCAUCUCCACCUCUGUACUUGUUACACAGCAGACGUGCAGUAUGACAUCUGAAGAGCAGCUACAUUUGAGUUUUUUGUCACUGUUUGCUGAAUUUGAAAUAUAUAUAUGAAAUAUAUGACAAAGAUUUUCUUACUAAUUUUAAGUUGACUGAAUGGCUGUACCGAAUGUUUCGCUUUUUUACAAUUCAAAGCUUCUGUUGAGGUUUUCAAUGAAGCUUUGAAUGUAUGACGUCAUCACCCAAAAAAAAUAUAUCCCUGAACACAAUCCUGAUUCAGCUGAUUAAAUAAGUUAUUAUUCUUUAUUAUUAAAUCAACGUUAAAGAAUAAGUUAUGUGUGUGAGAGCAGUAAAAAAAAAUUUGGGGGAAAAGCUAACCACCAAGAAAUAUGGAUCGAAGCAGAAUAUUUUAGUGCAUAAAAACAUGUUGAAACAAAACGUUGAUUUAGAAUUAAAAUGUCACGUUCUGAAUGAUGCUUCGAACAAUUUGGUACAGCCCUAGAGUGAUUGUGAUUUUAUUUUCUUUGAGAAACAUAAAUAUAUAGGUAUCCAUUGUGCUCCUGUUCUGCAGAAUGACUUAAGCCUAACCAAACAGCACUAAAUAGCAAUGAUGCUAUCCUAACUGUAGCUCCAUGCUAACUAAAGAUGCAUCACAACUCUUCUUUGCAUUAUAAAAACAAUCUGCAAGUACUAUAUAAUAUAUUGUGUGUUCUUAUCCUGUAGUUGUAGUGUGCAUGGCAUUCGUCUACUUAUUUUAUUAUGAAUCGCUCAUGCUGUUCUUUGUUUACAUUAUGCUUGACCUUAUUUUAGUUUAUGGAAAGCAUAUGGAAAACUGGCCUGGCUUAUUGAUGCAUGUGGCAAAUAUUUGAAUGUUGCGGCUAAAAUACUUAUUUAUUUUUAUUUUGGACAGAUGUUAUGUGUAUUUGAGGCAAUGGAUCAAACCACUUUAGAGCAAACUCUUAUACAAAUAUAUUUGAAAAGGAAACAUUUAAAUGUCAGAAAUGGACUUUGCACUGAAGAGAAUUUUAAUGACUACUCAUUUAUUGUAACCAUGUUCCCUCAUGUUGACACUUUUUCUUUGCACACUAACCACUAAAAUGACUAUUUGUUUGUCUCUCUUUUGUGUUGUAUGUAACAACACCACCUCUAUGUUUCUGCGUCACACAGGGUUUUUGCAGUGAACUGAACAAACAUGCUGGUUUGGCCUCAGGAGGCAUCAUGACUAUAUGUUCUGGAAAUGUUUGCAGGUCUUAUGUCAACAUCAUAUAUCUUUUAUGUGGUGCUUUGUUUCAAUUUUGCAGUGAGUAAGGACUUCCUUAUUUCCUGUAGCCACUUUGACAACCGCCCAACCUUAUUUAUUUCCUGUUGCUUGUUUUGUAUGAAGACCGUGUGCCUCAUGUAUUCAUUCAUUCAAUCCACAUAUUGCAUUUGUAACCAUUAUCAUGUUUCUUCAUCCUGAACUGUUUAUAUUUGCCUCAUUAAAGACCAAACAAGACCUA